AUGGACAUGAACAUAGAAGAUUGGAUUUUCUAUAUCCAAAACAACCCCAUUGUCGUAGUUUUCCUUGUCCUUGCACUGUGGUUAUUCGGAUUGUGGAAUCGACAAUCAUCUCCAGUCAUUCCUAAAGAUGAAGAAGAUACCUACCCCCCAGUCAUUCCCCUCCCAUCCUUCAACUGGGAGACCACGGAACCUAUCAAAUACCGUCCCUUUAAGCCAAAAUACCACCUCAGCAUGGCCCUAACAACAACCGACAUAUCCCAUCUCAUCCCCAUGGACAAAACCUACAAAGACCGUCUCUCCCUCCGCCAGUCCCUCCUCGCCCAAUACCCCACCAUCGUGGUAGGCGUCACUCCAGCAGGCCAGAAACCAGAUAGUCCCGUCUAUGCCGCCGUCACCGAACUCUACGACUUCAUUGUAGGCGUAUACCUUCCCACCCGCUACCCAAGCAUGUUUACACUUGAGACGAUCCAUUCCCAAGAUCACAACACCACCAACAACGAGGAGAAAAAUACCAAAACCCUAUUGAACAAAGUAACCAACACCCGCAUCCCCCUCCCCCACACUGGCUCCGGACGAGAUAUCCUCUCUACCCUGGGGACAUUCGUCGACGAGGACUUUCUCAUUUUACUUCCUGAUUCAUCCCCUCAACCCAAGGAAAACCAAGAAGAAGAGAAGAAAUAUACACUAGAAGCAUACACAACCUUCUACCCCGCCGGCUUCGACACGCGCGAAAAGCUCGGCAAGCGGCUGUCGACGAUCCACGACCCCGUGCCGCGGUACAAAGAGCGGCUGGAGAAAAGCAUGGAUCGGUUCUUUGCGAGACUUGAGGUCGGGAAGGUCGUGCAGCGCGUGAACUGGAGUAUUAAUACCCAGGGAACGGGGCUGUUUGCUGCGUUUGGGGGAUUGCAUGGGCAUGAGGGGGAGAGGGAGAAAGUUUUGGGGGUGAAGGAAGUGGAUGGGGAUGUGACACUCCUUCGGUGUGAGCGUCAGACCUUGCAUCGGUUACCGAAGACCAAGGCGCUGGUGUUCACUUUUCACACGUAUACGUACCCGAUUCGGGAGAUCAAGGAGGAAGGGCUGGGCGAGGAAUUGGCGUUAGCGAUUGAUGGGUUGAAGGAGGGGAAUGUGCCUGAGAUUCAUCGCUAUAAGAGGGGUCCUGUGUGGGGGGAGGCGGUUAAGGCGUAUUUGAGAGCGUAG